AUGGCUAGAGGCAACCAGAGAGAGCUUGCAAGACAGAAGAACCUCAAGAAGCAACAGGAAAAGGCCAAGGGCGCCAAGAAGGCGGGCGACCCCAAAAAACGCAUGGAGUCGGACGCAGAUAUCCUCCGGCAGAAGCAGGCCGCCGCAGACGCACGCAAGGCGGAGGCGGAGCUCGAGAAGCUCAAGGCCGCCAAGAAGUGA